AUGUCUUUGACCAGGAAGGAGCGAGUCGACAUAGCCGUUCUUGCUGGAAAACGACGAAGUGAACGCGAAAUAGCUGAAGAAUUCAACAAACUGCACCCGGACCGCAAGCCAAUUUCUCCGACGACCGUUGGCAGUAUUCUUGCUGAAUUUGAAGAAAUCGGUGCCAUUUACAACAAAAGUCGACGGCUACCAGGGAAUGCUAGGGAUUCCGAACAACAAGAUAUUGGUGACUUGGUUGAUUCGAAAAGUUCCGUAGAUGAUGUGAUGCGGACUCAAGAAGGGAACAGCCAUGUUCUCUCUGAAAUUGAUGAAUAUUUGGAGGAGGAAUUGUUGGAUGUGCCGGAAGAACCAGAAGAAGCACCAUUCUUCAAGGUGCUCUACGCCACAGAUUUGCUGGAAACAGUUGAUGUUGACGAUGAGGAAGACCAGCCAAUUGCAAGCUUCGUAACCUCAAACGAGCGUAAUUACAUUCCUGCAAAUCAAGCAGAACAGAGCAAAGAAGACUACGCGACUUGUCAACUUUGUGGUAAAAUGAUCAUGAUAUCGAGAUUCACCAAUCUCUCAAAUCACGCACGUAGACACGCAGAAGCAAAGAAGUACAAAUGUGCACACUGCACCUUUCAGCAUUAUGAACCUUUUAAGAUUCACAGGCAUAUGGUUAUUGCUCAUGGAGACAAGAUUUCUGAUGUAGUUGACAACGUUUCAUCGGAAACCAAAGAAAUAUGGAAUUGUCUGAUGCAGAAAUGUUUCCCUUCUCACGCUAUAAGAUCACGAAGCAAGGUUCGUUCUCACACAUCCAAAUGUCAUACAGAAACAGAUCCUACUUCUAGCAUCGUAACUGAACGCCUUACACCGUAUUCUCAUGAAGAAUUAUCGUCGUUAUCUUCAGAACAAGGUACUUCGGCUGAUGUUAAGUCAGAAAGUUGGGUAUCAGCGAAUCAGGUACAAUCGUCAUUAAAAUCAGCCUGCAAUUCUGAUAAAGAUACGUCAUCCGAACGAGUUUCAGAGGUCACAGCAGAUGAAGAGGAGAAAAGUGAUCCAGAUUUAGUGCUAUGUCGUGUAAGUUGA